UUAUUAAACGAUUAUAUGCGCACCGGGUGGUCCAGGUUCCCGAUUCACGACUCACAAGCACUGCGGCUUGACCUGGCCCUGCAAAUGAGGUGCUUGUGCUUGUUCCCUGCAGCGGCCGUUAUUCUUGUGCGCCCCCAACUGUCUCGCUUCUCUGCAAAGAAGAGGCAUGGCCGAUUGACAGCCCAGCUCCGAAACCAUGAUGAUCCACUCCUUCAAGCGGCCAUCGACGCCGCUUCUCUUCGAUUUGAAGAGACCUGUAAACCAGAGCCUCUGUUUCUAGACCCAUACGCCGGUUGCUUCAUUGGUUCUGAUACGAAUGAGGAUAUGAAGCUAUCCCCAUCGUUUAGUGCAUCCCUACACCACUAUUGCUUAGCAACAAAGUUCAUUGAUGAUAAGUUGCUUUCUACUAUCAAUCUGAUGGAAGGGCUUAGACAGAUUGUUCUGUUGGCAGAUGGUAUGGACACACGGCCGUAUCGGCUCAAUUGGCCAAACUCUACCAUAAUAUUUGAUAUAUCUCCAGACCUAGUCUUCCAAAUAGCUGCUCAAAGGCUCGAAGGUGUCGGGGCUAAGAUUCCAAGAAACUGCUUAUUCGUUCAUGUUCCGUACAAGUGCCUUGAUGUACAAGAGAUCUUGCAAAGAAAAGGGUUUAUGGGUAGCCAGCCUAGUUUUUGGAUAUUCCAGGGAUUGCCUGUGUUGAACUUGGCAAGUUUUAAUGAGCUUUUGUUUAUCAUCAGUUGUUUAGCCACAAAAGGAAGCCUUCUUGUAGGAGAACUACCCAUAUGGUUGACUGAAACUGAAGUUGGAAACAAGUCCACUACCCAGAAAUGGAUGGACAAGUUGUUCUUGAGCAAUGGUUUCCAGGUGGAGAUCAUCGACUUCAAGGAUGUCGCAAGGAGCGUGGGCAGGAAUCCACCAUUGGGAGGGUACAAGAAUAUACUUUUUGUUGCAGAACAAUUGCGUUUGUCUGAUGAUCAGAUGGAAAGUUGGAGAAGAGAAUAUCACAGGAUUGAGGAAGAAGCAGAUGAAGAGGGGUUUGAGGAAAUAUGAUUAAGAUUGUGAGUUCCUUAUUGGACACUACAAUUUUCCUCUUCCUUUUUACCUAGUAUUUGUUAUUAACAUGGGAUAUUGUAUGUGCUUAUGUUUAUAAAACUCAACUGAACUGUUAUUCCAAUUGUUUGGGGAUGAUUACAUUUGUAUCAUGUUCAAAAAUUUCUGGUUUAGUUAACUGAAGAGUUGUGGUUAUAAUGGCAUUGAGCAAGAUUAAUGAAGCUAGAGCAGUCUAUUAAUGAUC